AUGGAUACAUCCAAGUCCCUAGCAUCUCCAAUUGAACUGCCUCAUCGGAGCACUCCCCCAGGCUUCCUGACUGGCGAAACAAUAGACACGGUCCAAAAAGGGUCUGGCUUUGUCCAAUAUGGCCAUCCUUACGCAGCACUCGACCGUUUCUUUGUUGGCCUAAAGCCCCAGUGGAGUGGGAUCAACGCCAUUGAGUUCACAGAGAAUUCGCCGGUUACCUAUGUCAAGAAAUUCAGAAAGGCAGAAGCUAACGUAAGGGUGAAUUAUUUGAAGGCCACGUCGCAUCGAAAUCUAGUCAACCUCAGAGAGGUCUUUGUCACGGACGACUCCAUUUUCUUUGUAUACGAAAGAUGGGGGAUUUCCUUGAAAGAGAUUUGCCAGCUUUGGCCUGUUUUUCAGCUUGGUGAAGUAGAAGUAGCCACUCUUUGUAAUGAGAUACUCAAUGGUUUGAAGUAUAUUCAUGACGAGCUCGGCGUGAGCCACGGCGAUCUGCGCGAAGAGAAUAUCUUCAUCAUGGAAAAUGGAGACGUUAGGAUCGGGAAUAUCGGUGAAAGCAUGGUCCGUGUGCCGAAACCUCAAGGAAAGGAUAAAGAUUUGCAGGCCGUGUGCAACAUUGUGCAGUGCCUACUGGGUCUAGAUAAGGCUGAAAGUGCUGGUGGGACUAUGAGAUUACUUGCCGGAGAUUUUGCCGGUGCACCGUGCUCGGCCACGAUAGAUGAACUGCUUCAAGUAUGUUUUUAA